UAAAAGACCCCCCAGGAAAGGCCCUUAAAGUGAAAGAGUACAAAAUGUCUAAAAACUGCUUGGCAGUAGACAAAAUGGUUGUCAGGGAAAGAGUUAAUACAAGGGGCGGCCACUUUAGUAAAUAGCAACAAGGAACACGAGUUGAGUUGGAUUCCGUCCCCACUUGUCUCCUUCUCAUUUGUACGUCCUGCUCCCAGUGAUGGCGGCUGCCGGACUCAGUACUGAUCUGAGUUGCUCCGUGUGCCGCGAGAUUUAUACAGACCCUGUAACUCUGCCGUGUGGCCAUAGCUUCUGCCGGGACUGUAUUGAGAGAACAUGGGACUGGCAGAAGAGUAUAGAGGAAAAUCUUACCUGCCCUGAAUGCCGUCACAGAUACAGGAAUCGGCCUGAGCUGAGAAGGAAUGUGACACUGAGCAGCAUAGUGACGAGUUUCCUCCCUUCUGCUGCUGAGCAGGAUGGGCCUGGGAUCUACUGUACUUACUGCUGGUCCCCCCGUGUUACUGCCUGCUCUACAUGUCUCCUGUGCAAGGUCUCUCUGUGUUAUAAACAUGCCGGGGAGCACAGCAAGUCAGCAGAACAUCAAUUAACGACCCCGACUCCCUCCCGCAGGGACAGACAUUGCUCCAAACACCCAGAUCUGCUGCUGGAGUAUUACUGCCCCCAGGAUGGUGUCUGUGUCUGUGCCUCCUGCAACAGGGUCGGAGAGCACAGGGGUCACAGUCUGGAGCCACUGAAUUCGGAAACUGCUGAGAAGAAGAAAGAGACACUGAGGAAAGUUGUGGAGAAACUGAGCCCAGAGAGAGAGGAGACUGAGGGGCAAAUCCAGAGACUGCAGGAGCGCAGGAGAGAAGUGGCAGAAAAAGCAGCCGGUGAGACAGAGACAGUCACUGCCCUGUUUAGAGACAUCAGGGAACAGCUGGAAGCCCUAGAGAAGCGACUCCUGAGGGACAUCUCCAGGGAAGAAGAGAAGGUUUCCCACCAACUCCAUGAUCUGAUCCAACAGCUGGAAAUAAAGAAGGACGAGCUGUCCAGGAAGAUCCGUCACAUUGAGGAGCUGUGCAACAUGGCAGAUCCACUCACUGUCCUACAGGAACCGGAAUCACAUGGAGCUGAAUUGUAUGGGGCUGAGGGGGGAGACAGAAAGCGCAGAAAGAUGGAGGAUAUAGCAGUCCCUGCUGUAGGGGAUCUGGAUGUCAAUCUGAUCUCAGAGACAUUACUCACAGGCUUAGCUGGGGUUGCGAGUGAGAUAAAGGGACGGUUCUUCCCUGGGCAGGAGGCUACAGACCUGAUACUGGAUAUAAACACGGCUGGGAAUUAUUUGGCUGUUUCAGAGGACAGGAAAACGGCUUCCUUUUCACCAAACUCUUAUCUAGAAACCCAUUUAAGAUAUAAGUUCCCUCAGGCUUUAAGCAGCAGGAGUUUCCCCUCAGGGCGACAUUACUGGGAAGUGGAGGGCAGUGAGUCGGGUAAGUGGAGUGUUGGGAUGGCCUAUCCCAGUAUAGACAAUGAAUGGUGGAAAUCCCAGAUUGGGGAUAACGAUAAAUCCUGGUGUAUAGCCAUGCGAAAAAAAAGAUAUUCAGUGAGACACGACAUGAAAGAUACAAAGUUACCCCACGUCCCUUCCUGCGGGAGAAUCAGGAUCUCAUUGGACUAUGAGGCCGGACGUGUGUCCUUUUAUGAGCUGAGUGAGCCAAUCAGACACUUACACACCUUCACUGCCACAUUCACUGAGCCCCUCCAUGCGGCAAUUGCUGUACGUGAAUAUGGUGGUGAUGAUGAUGAUGAUAACGAUGAUGAUAACGAUGAUGAUGAUAAUGAUGAUGCUGAUGAAGAUGAUUUCUGGGUGAGAAUCAUUAGUUAGGGCAGUGACAGCAUGUGGUCAAUAGGAGGAGAUUAAGAUUAUUAUUUAAACUGGUAAAUACUGGGCCCUCUGACCCUACUUAUACUCUGAAACAUUGUUUGUUUAAUGACUGGAAGACCCUUUUUGUUAUACAUUCAUGUAAAGUGCUGUGUAACUGGAGGCACUAUAUAAAUACAGGAUGAUGAUGAUGAUGAUGAUGAUGAUGAUGAUGGGAAUGUGGGGAAGAAAUGGACACGUGACCAGACUCACUAGCUCCCCACCAACUGGACACAUUUAGUCAGUCAUCUAAAUGAUCUUUUAUCAGUGUAAUGUUGGGGGUCUCCAGAUGAAUUGCCCUUAUAUUAUGGGUGGGACACACUUGGGUGGGUGAGGGAGGGUUUUCCCUGUGGGGUUAGAUGAUAUUUUCUUUACAUGUUGAGAUUUUCCCAUAAUUGCUUUGAUUUAGCAGCACUUGUGUAUUCAGUGCUGUACAUUUGUACAAUACAAUAACAGUGGGAAGCUUGGGUGUUAAGCACCAGCGGUUUCUCCUCAGGGGUAACCGACAGUGUCGUCUAUAAAUAUAAAUGUAGGGGAGCUGCGUACACUUGUCUCUCCUCUCUGUUGGUUCUGUACUGGGAGGAGCCCACACCCAUGUGAGUUGACAGGAAGUAGGUAGUGGGAGGGAGGAAGGAAGUGCUGGGAGAGAAGCUGACAGGAAGUAGGAAGUGGGAGGGAGGAAGUGCUGGAGAGAAGCUGACGGGAAGUAGGAAGUGGGAGGGAGGACAUGCUGGGAGAGAAGCUGACAGGAAGGAAGUGGGAAGGAGGAAGUGCUGGGAGAGAAGCUGACAGGAAGUAGAAAGUGGGAGGAAGUGCUGGGAGAGAAACUAACAGGAAGAAACCCCCUAAUUACCAUGUUCAUUUUACAAAAUUUGGCAGGUUAUGCAAGUUUAAACAUAUUUCUGUGGCUUUUUUCAG